CAGUUCUCCUUCCCCACUCGCACGCAACCAACCGAGCAGCCAGUCGAGCGAGAGAGGGAGAGAAAGCAAAGCAAGGCACAUCAAUCGAAAUCCGAUCGAAACCCUAGCACGCAGAUCCGAACCGAUCGAUGGCCCGCUCGCCGCCGCCUCCCCCGUCGGCCGGCGGCGCUCAGUACGCGCAGCAGUUCCUCAACACGGCGCUCUCGCAGCGGGGGCCCUCCGCGCUGCCCUACGCCGAGGACGUCAAAUGGCUGAUCCGCAACCACCUGGUGGCGCUGGCCGAGGCCUUCCCCUCCCUCCACCCCAAGGCCGCCCUCUUCACGCACAACGACGGCCGCGCCGCCCAUCUCCUCCAGGCCGACGGCACCAUCCCCAUCCACCACGCCGGCGCCUCCUACAACCUCCCCGCCGUCAUCUGGCUUCCCGAGCCCUAUCCGCGUUCCCCGCCGCUCGUCUUCCUCUCCCCUACCCGCGACAUGGUCAUCAAGCCCCACCACCCGCUCGUCGACCGCUCCGGCCUUGUCGCCAACGCGCCCUACCUCCGCUCCUGGGUCUUCCCCUCCUCCAACCUCGUCGACCUCGUCCGAUCCCUCUCCCACCUCUUCGGCCUCGACCCGCCCCUCUUCACCAGGAACCCUCCUCCUCCUGCCGCCGCUCCGACGCCUACCAAUCCCUCGCCGCAGCCUCCGCCCCCGCGGGUCUCCCCCUCCCCCUCCCCCUCCUACAGGCUCGGCGGCUUCCCCGCAUCGCCCCAGCUCGCCCCCCGCCCGCCCCCCACCGAGGACCCCGCCGAGGUCUUCAAGCGCAACGCCGUCGUCAAGCUCGUCGACAUGGCCUACGCGGAUGCCGCCGCCCUGCGGACCGCGCGCGAGGCCGAGGUUGACGCCCUCUUCACCGUCCAGGCGGAGCUGCGCCACAGGGGUGAUCUCGUCGCCCAAGGGGUGCGCAAGAUGGGGGAGGAGAAGGAGGCGCUUGAGCGCCGCCUGCAGGACGUCAUGAUGGCCACCGAUGUCGUCGAGGCCUGGGUCACGGAGAACACCAGGAGAGGCAACACCCAGGCCUCGGAGGACGCCAUCCAGCCAGCAGAUGUGCUCUCCAGGCAGAUGAUCGAGUGCACGGCCGCAGAUUUGGCACUCGAGGAUACCAUCUACGCGCUUGACAAGGCCAUUCAGGAGGGAUCUGUGCCCUUUGACGGCUACCUCAGGAGCGUGCGCGCACUGUCACGCAAGCAGUUUUUCCACCGCGCCUUGUCUGCCAAGGUUCACACUGCACAACAGCAGGCUAAAGUUGCUAGCAUGGCAGCCCGGGCACCACAGUAUGCAUCCUAGUGAUGAUGGAAGGGGAAGAUACAAUUUUUGCCUGUCACUAUUACUUGACACUGAAUCGAUGGAUACGAGCCGUAGUUCGAAUUGUGUCACAGGUGGUGAUGUAUGGUUUUGAGCUUGCGAAUUGCGAUGCAUAUUUCUUUUUGCAGUUAUUUGAUUGCCUCAUGAUUGUACAUCCACGUGAAGUUCUUUUUGUGGGAAUUAUACCUGUUUGUAGAAAAUUUCAUAGGCCUGGCCUCAUUUGUCAAUUGUCUUGUUGCAACCAUUCAUGGCAUUUGCUGAUUGCAAUAUAUGUUGAUUCAUCGUUACCUUUGGAAUCCUAUAGAUUCACAUUGCUCUAUAGUGGGAACUAGUAUCAAGGCUGGGUUUUGUUUUAACUUACUUGAUUACUUGAUCAGGUGCGAUAAUUGAAUGUGAAUCACCUUACUAUCUGUCUGAUAUAUAGUUAUAUAGAAACUGAUGUACCAUUUUGUCAGUAUCAAUUUCUAGAGUUGAGCUGGUAGCUUUUGUUCUGGAUAAUGGGUUGCUUUCAGCUCACUUUCGAGUGGAUUAUGUUACUAAGUUGGUGUUAUUGCCAUGCCUGCUAUGCACCAUAAUUGUAUGAUUUCCUGAUAGUGUUACUAAGUACGCUUUCAGCUCCUAGUUGUGUUGGUUCGGUUGCUGCAAAUGCAUUCAACUCGUUCGCCUAUAGAAUUAUUAAUUAUGUAUGUAUCAAGCCUAAACAAUUUUUAUACAACUUGGCUAUGUAUAACCAAGAGCCUUAUGUUA